GUACACUUAAUAACCUUCCCAAUGACCUUUGUUUUCUAGUUCAACCUCCCCCAACUAUAUACAUAUUUCUUCCUCCUGGCCAGGGUGUUAUAUAGAUUGCAUAUAUAACUGUGCAUAAAUGGGAGAUAGAGAGACAGAAGAAGGAACAACAAUGAAGACAACUGAGAAAGAAAACAACAUGGAAAAUAGUGAGAAACAUGAAACAAAUGAUGAUCCUAAGAUCAUCCAUAGAGGCUGGAAGGUCAUGCCUUUCAUCAUAGGAAAUGAAACUUUUGAAAAAUUAGGAGCCAUUGGAACAUUAGCAAACUUGUUGGUCUAUCUUACAACUGUAUUCAACCUGAAAAACAUUACAGCUGCAAACAUCAUCAAUAUCUUCAGUGGCAGUACCAACUUUGCUACCUUGCUUGGUGCUUUCUUCUCUGAUACAUAUUUUGGUCGCUACAAUACAUUAGCAUUCUGCACAAUCACUUCUUUUCUGGGCUUACUUGGAAUACAACUUACAGCAGUAUUCAAGAAUCUUCAUCCACCACACUGUGCAAAGGAAAGCAUCAAAUGCAAAGAACCAACAACAGGACAAAUGGCAUUUCUAAUAUCAGGAUUUGGAUUACUGUUAAUAGGUGCAGCAGGAGUUAGACCAUGUAACUUAGCAUUUGGUGUUGAUCAAUUCAAUCCAAAAACAGAUUCAGGAAAAAAAGGAAUCAAUAGUUUCUUCAAUUGGUAUUUCUUUACCUUCACUUUUGCACAAAUGGUAUCUUUAACACUAAUUGUUUAUAUACAAUCAAAUGUGAGCUGGGCAAUUGGUCUUGGAAUUCCUGCUGCUUUGAUGCUCAUAGCAUGUGUGUUAUUUUUCAUGGGAGGUAAAUUGUAUGUGAAAGUUAAACCAAGUGGUAGUCCUAUCACUAGUAUUUUUCAAGUCUUAGUGGUAGCAAUCAAGAGAAGAAGACUUAGUCUACCUUCUCAGCAUCCAAUGCUUUCACUCUUUGAUUAUGUGCCACCCAUGUCUAUUAAUUCAAAGCUUCCUUACACAUAUCAAUUCAGGGUAUUGGACAAAGCUGCAAUGAUAACAUCACAAGACAAAAUAAAUCCAGAUGGUUCAGCAGCUGAUCCAUGGAGUCUUUGCAGCAUACAACAAGUGGAAGAGUUGAAAUGUUUGGUGAGAGUUUUACCUAUAUGGUUUUCAGCAAUUUUGUACCAUCUAGUUAUUGUUCAGCAACACACACUUCUUGUUUUUCAAGCACUGCAAUCAAAUAGACGAAUGGGAAACACCGACUUCAAGAUACCCGGUGCAUCCUACACUGUCUUCUUAAUGUUAAGCAUGACAUUAUGGUUACCAAUCUAUGAUAGAAUAGUUGUUCCUUGUCUCCGAAGAUUCACCGAAAAAGAAGCUGGCAUCACAGUCCUUCAAAGAAUUGGUGUUGGAAUAUUUCUAGGUAUACUAAGCAUUCUUGUAUCAGCAUUUGUUGAAACACAAAGAAGACACUUAGCUUUAACUAAGCCUAUUGGAAUGCAACCAAGAAAAGGCGCGAUUUCGUCGAUGUCUGGUUUUUGGUUGGUUCCUCAGUUGAUACUGGCUGGAUUUGCUGAAACUUUUACUGCUGUUGGACAAAUUGAAUUUUACUAUAAACAGUUUCCUGAGAAUAUGAAAAGCAUUGGAGGGUCACUUUUCUAUUGUGGCAUGGCAGGUUCUAGUUAUUUAAGUGCUUUUCUUGUUUCUGUUGUUCAUAGAACAACUUCCAAAUCUGCUACAGGAAAUUGGUUACCAGAGGAUCUUAAUAAAGGGAGAUUGGAAUAUUUUUAUUACAUGAUUGCUGGGAUAGAAGUCUUGAAUUUUGUGUACUUUUUGAUGUUUUCCAAAUGGUACAAGUAUAGAGAAACUAUUAGUAGUAGUAGCAGCAGCAUUGGUAGUCCAUGAAAGUAUAAUAAUAUGCAGAAUCUUAAGGAAUAAAUGUUAUUAUAUGGAUUGAUUAGUAUAUAUAUAUCCUUUAACUGUAACAUUGUUAAUUAGAAAUUUGAAAGGAUCGGAAUGGGUAGUAUUUCAUGUUUCAUUGUGGAGUUCUGCCUUCCUAGAAGUACUUUUUUCAC